AUGAAAUAUCUCUGUGCAAUACUCUCCGUUGCAGCAUCCCUGCUGGGACCACUCAUGUUUGGUCUAACUCUUGGCUUCACUGGUCAAACUAUUGAUACCAUGCAGAAUAAUGUUACUACUGCAGAUGGUAUACCCAUCCAGGUUGGUCCCGAUGACCACUUGUAUGUGUUUGAUACAUCUACAGAAGGUUCGUUGUUCGGAUCUCUGGUUAACUUGGGUGCUAUGGGUGGUGCUAUCCUAUUGGGUGGUCCUUUUAUUGAGAAGUUUGGGAGGAAAUGGACUCUGUUGUUGUGCUCUCCCUGCUUCCUUCUGAUUUACGUGUGGCAAGCUUUGGCUCACACUUCGUGGCAGUUGCUGUUUGCUCGUGUUCUGGUCGGUUUUGUUGUUGGUGUCGAGUCCGUCGUGGCCCCCACCUACAUCGGUGAGGUCUCUCCAACCGCUAUUCGUGGUGCUUUGGGAGCUUGCAAUCAGCUUUCCAUCACGAUUGGUAUUCUUCUAGCCUAUGCCCUUGGAAUGGGGUUCAGGACUGAUGCUGGUUCUACUGAUCCCAAUGCUACCGAUAGCACCUUCUGUCAGUGGCGUACUGUGAGUUGGAUCUACUUGAUUCCGAGUGCUUUAUUGGGUAUCUGCAUGUUUUUCGUUCCGGAGUCUCCUCGCUGGUUGGCUGAGCAUAAUCGUGCUGACGCUGCGAAAAAAGUUCUAUUGAGACUGAGAGGUUCUAAGUCAGUUGAGGAGGAUCCCGAGAUUAUGGAGGAAGUGAAGGCUUAUGAAGUAUCUGCUGCUCACAACGCUAAGAACAUGAAGAAUACUUGGAAGGAGAGUGCUUCGUGGGCUUUCGGUGCGCUCGGUCAGUGCAAAAUGCAGCUGUUCAUUGGUAUCGCUCUACAAGUUCUUCAGCAGUUCUCUGGUAUCAAUGCUGUCAUAUUUUAUCAGACAACUAUUUUCCAGGCUGCUGGACUAGAUAACAAAGAGGGUAUGGCACUUGCUGUUAUGGCCGCUCAGGUGGUCGUAACCUUGAUUGCCUGUAUCAUCAUGGAUAUGGCGGGGAGGAGAAUUCUCUUGGUUGCGGGAGCUGCUGGAAUGUGCAUAGCAGCUGUUCUAUUGGGAGUUUUCUUCUUUCUCGAUGAUGUUAACGACAACAAUGUCAGUUGGUUGGCCAUCUUUUCCGCAUUCUUAUACAUUGCUUCCUUCUCUAUUGGUGUUGGUGCAAUCCCAUGGUUGAUUAUGGCUGAGAUCUUCCCCAAUGAAGUGAGAGGUCUUUCUGCAUCUAUCGCCACUGGCGUGAACUGGUUCUGUUCUUGGAUAGUCACUAUGUUCUUGGAUGACUAUAGAGAGGCCAUUACAUACCAGGGUGUGUUCUGGAGUUUUGCCGUCGUCUGUUUGGCUAUGGUUAUCUUUGUUCUGUUGAUUGUCCCAGAGACAAAGGGUAAGACAUUCGAAGAGAUCCAGGCGUACUUCAGUAGGAGAUAUGGGAGCAGGUCUAAAAAUGUCGACGCUUCCGUUAAGGUGGAUGUCGAAAAUGCUGCUCGGUCGGAAGGAGUAUCUCAUUAGUACGGAUGGUUUGCUACUAUAACAUGUUUCUAAGAAUUUUCUUCUAAAGGGAAAGUCUACCUUCCCUUAAAAAAUGUUUAAUAUAAACUGCCCGUCGAGACAGUCUACGUGUUAUUAUUCUAUGAACCCGUUAACGGUCGACAAAAGCUAUCGUUCCUCUCUACGGGGUUGUUUCAAGUGGUUCCUUGUGAUCUACUCGAAACUUUAUGUCAUCGGAUAAGUUGUUAG